UACUCGUGGAAGUGAUAUUUAGAAUAAUCAGUUUAUUAAGGUGUUUUCCAGUUUAACGACUUUUAAUGUAUUCAGAUUGCUGUGGGAUUUGACGGCUAUAUUCAGUUCCACAGGUGACGGACAAUCGCAAUGAAUAUUUUACCACAAAAAAGUUGGCAUGUGCGUACAAAGAAGAACAUAGAAAGAGUGAGGAGAGACGAGGAAAAGGCGGCAGAGGAAGAGAAGGAGAGACAGCGACGAAUAGCUUUAGCUGAGCAGGAAGCAAGGACUGAACUGUUGAGGCAGAGGGCCAAAAAUCGACUGAAAAGUGAAGAGGAGCCAAGGUACGAUGAGGGGGAGGGGCCCAGUGACAGGAAGGCGGAGUUUAUCACAGCAGAGGUCAAUCAGCAGGCGCUUCAUCACAUCAACUUCUUCAGUGACAUUGAAGAAGGCAAAAAACUGUCAGGGAAAAAUGCUGAGCAUGAAGCUGAGAAGAAAGAAGAGCAGGAGAAACUUGAAAUGAAAAUUGGAUUGUUGACCUACCUUGGUCAAGGAUCUGCUGAAUCACAAACUGAAAAGCCAUGGUAUCUGAAGAAGGGCAGAAGAAAGCUUGAAGAAGAUGAAGAGGACAUAGCUAAGAGCUUAAAGCUGAAAAGAAAGAUGAAUGAUUUGGAUCCCAUGAAGGAAAUGCUGGAGUAUGUCAAGAAGAAGAAAAAGUCUUCUCAUCACUCAGAUAAGCACAAGAAACAUAAGCACAAGCAUCACCAUAAAGAUUCCAAAGUUGAGAAGAAGAGUGAGAAAAUCCUGCAGACAGGAACCUCACAUUCUACGAAGUCACUUGAGCAACUGCGAGCAGAACGUCUGAGGAGAGAAGCAGAUGAAAGGCAGAGGUCUAAUGACUUGAUGAGGCGCCUGAGGGGGGAACCCCCUCCGCAAAACCCCAGUGAGCAGGAGGCUCCAGCGAAGGGGCAGCGCUACAACUCGCAAUACAACCCGGAUUUUGUACGGCAGCCCAUACAGAAGCGUGAUAAACGAGGGACUGAGAUGCAUUCAUCGUAUAAUAAGUCCAGAACAAAUGACCGACAUUACCAUGAUGCAUCAUACUCGAGACAUGCCACUUCUUCAGGCUCAUCCAGGCACUGAAGCAAAUAUUAUUACUGUUAACUGUUCGUAACAAAAUUCACGUUUUUUUUUUUUUAUGGUGUGUGGUUAAAAGGACUUUCAGAAUGGCUGCCAUGAUG